AUGCGUUCUUCUACUGCUACCAUUCUCCUAAUCGCUAUACUGCUCAGCUCCAACGCUGAAGCCGGCAAGUGGCAACAUUCACAAAACCGAAAGCUCUCCAAGAAGUCUUCCAAGAAGGCUGCAACCGUUGCCACAGCCUCUGCGCCCGUCGCCGCACCUGUUGCUAGCAUGUCCAGUGUAUCCAGUGUGAGUAGCGAGGAUACCCCAGCUGCUGCACCUAUCGCCGUUGUCCCAGUCGCCGUUGUCCCAGUUGCUUCCACCAGCUACGGCGGUACACCGGUCUCCCAACCUGUCGCAAUGCCCGCUGCAGAAAUUGCCUUGGUUAGCGUCCCCGUCGCUCCAGUGGUCACAGUUGCUGCUGCAGCCGCAUAUGAUGAUGAUGAUGAUGAUGACGACCUUUGGGACGACGAUGCUGACGAUGACGACGACAUGUGGGAUGAUGAUGAUUCUGACGACGAUGAUGCCUAA